UGCAUUUGGUCGGGAUGUUCCUUCUCUUGCAGUUCUUCUCCGCUCUAAACACUCACAAAUUAAUCCCUAGUGCGCCUAAGUCGCUGCUUUCUUCCAUGCACAUGGAGGAAGAAGAGCGGCUUCUUCAUAAUUCUUUUCCAAUGGCUCCACUCAAAUCCUGCUCCUAGCCACGAGAAUGCUCUUUCUUGCCCGCCGCGUAUCUGCUUCCGGUAUCAGCUCCUCCCUCAAUCCUAUCCGCCGCCUAUUCUCCCAAACUGAUUUGGCCGAAGACCAUCGAAUCUAUGCUGCCCUAGCAACCUCCGGUCAUUGGGAUGACCCUUGCCUUUUGUCUAUAUUCUCAUCCCCCCUCGCCCCUGUUAAAGUCUCGAGAGUCCUUAUCGAGCUCAAGGAAGACCCCCAUUCGGCAUUUAGAUUUUUCAUUUGGGCUCCAAGGCGACGGGGAUUCCUCCACACCGCUGAAUCCUUCUGCAUCACUGCCCAUAUACUCUUUAGCGGGAGAAUGUACUUAGAAGCUCAGCAGGUUCUUCAAGAGUUUGUUAGUUCGACGAGGGUGUUACCCGAGUCCGUGAGCUUUGUUGAUGUGCUUCAGGUAACUGGAAGGAACUUUGGCAAUACGGGGUGCGUUUUUAACCCCGGGCUCUUUGAUACCCUUUUUGGCGUGUUAACUAAUAUGGGAUUUUUGGAGGAGGCCUACGAGUGCUUUUAUAGGAUGUGGAACAUCCGAAUUUUUCCCAAGUUGAGAUCUUGUAACAAUUUGCUUGAGAGGCUUACGAAAUUAGGCAAGGGAGAAUUGUCAAAGAAGUUUUUUGAGGAUUUGUUCUCUGCAAAUUUCAUGCCGAGUGUGUUUACUUAUAACAUUAUGAUUGAUUUCUUGUGUAAGGAAGGAGAUGUGAGGGGUGCGAAAGAGCUGUUGGGCAAGAUGAAAGAGAAGGGCUGUUUUCCUGAUGUGGUGACUUUUAAUUCAUUGAUUGAUGGACAUGGAAAAUGUGGGGAACUUGAAGAGGCUGUAUCUCUCCUAGAAGAGAUGAAGGUUAAUGGUUGCAAUCCUGACCUGAUCACUUACAAUGCACUCAUUAAUUGUUUUUGCAAGUUUGGGAAGCUACGUGGUGCUUUUUCUUACCUCAAUGAGAUGAGGAGGAAUGAUCUGAAGCCCAAUGUGGUAACUUACAGCACUUUCAUUGAUGCAUUCUGUAAGGAACAUAUGAUGCAGGAGGCAUCCAAGUUUUUUGUGGACAUGAAAAUGAGAGGUCUUAGACCAAAUGAGUUUACGUAUACAUGUCUUAUAGAUGGGAAUUGCAAAGCCGGAAACCUUCAGGAAGCACUGAUUUUACGUAAUGAAAUGUUGCAGGAUGGUGUAAAGUUAAAUGUAGUUACUUAUACUGCUUUAGUGGAUGGGUUAUGCAAAGAUGGGAAGCUCAAGGAGGCUGAAGAAGUUUUCCAAGCAAUGGUGAAGUCUGGAGUGUCUAUGAACCAAUUACCCUACACAGCUCUUAUCCAUGCUCAUUUCAAUAAUAAGAACAUGCAGAGAGCAGUGAAUCUGAUGGAAGAAAUGAGAGAAAAAGGUCACAAACCUGAUUUAUCAGUAUAUGGCACUGCCAUCUGGGGCCUCUGCAAUGAAGGGAAGCUCAAUGAUGCUGAAGCACUUGUUCAUGAGAUGGAUAACUGUGGCUUGAAACCCAAUCAUGUGAUCUAUACGACUCUCAUGGAUGCUAAUUUUAAGGCUGGGAAUACCUCAGAGGCUCUUAGUCUGCUUCACAAGAUGCAAGAGUUGGGCAUUGCCCCAACUAUUGUCACAUAUGGCGCCUUAGUAGAUGGUUUGUGCAAGCAAGAAUUAGUGCAUGAAGCUUUCUAUCACUUUAAAAAAAUGAGAGAGAUGGGUUUGCAGCCUAAUGUAUUGACUUACACAUCCCUUAUUGAUGGGUUUUGUAAGAGUGAAUGCUUAGAAGAAGCAACUAAGCUCUUUGAGGAAAUGGUUUUGAUUGGACUGGUUCCAGAUAAAAUUGCAUACACGUCUCUGAUGCAUGGUUAUUUGAAGCGAGGGAACCUACAGGAAGCGUUUGUCUUAAGAGACAAAAUGAUAGAAAGUGGGUUUGAGCUUGAUUUGCAUGCGUAUACUUCUUUGGUUUGGGGCUUAUGUAAUUGCCAAAAAAUGCAAGAGGCAAGGAACUUGCUUUCAGAUAUGAUUGCUUGCGGAGUUAACCCUGAUGAGAAUGUUUACAAUUGUUUGAUAAGGAAGUAUAAGCAGUUGGGUGAUGUGGCUGAGGUGUUGGAGCUACAAGAUGACAUGAGAAGGAUGGGUGUAAUUCCUAGAGCUAGUGAUGAGGCUGCACCAGCUGAUCAAACGUAGCAAAAUUAAAAUUUGAUUGAAUGUGGAUGGCCAACUUGCUGAUGUGCCGAAUGUGAAGUUGGAUAAAUGAUCUAAUUUUGGAGCAGUUAUCUUUUUGUAGUAUUUCGAUUCGGUGCAACACCAAUUAGCCGAAAUAUUAACAGUUAUGAUAAAAUGGAAAGUAUAAUUAAUAGGGACAUCAAAUAUUGAUAUGAUGGCUCUGUUUGGUGAAAUGGUUAAGUAAUGGUGGAAUCAGACGGCUUCAAGGUAUUUGUAGCGCUGGCAGCGAUGUUAGCGUUUUGAUGGCAACUCACAAAUUGGCUUCCUGGAUUGCAACUGCUGUGCUGAAUGAGGAAGCUUGAAGUUUGUUUCGCCUAAAGAAUACGAGUGAUAGAAGAAAUAACUCUGUAAGCGGAAGACUCAUCUUGUGCAACUGUUGCUAAACAACAGCACUUUGAUCCAAGGAUGCAAAGCUUGAUAUUAAAUCUCUCAUCACAGAAGUUUCAAAUUCUAUGGCUUCUGCUCGGAUGCUGGCAACUUGAUCCAAUUUAAAAAGAUGAUCAACAAACCUAAAGGAGGAAGACGGAAAAAUUUGUUGGGACUCGCAUAAUUUCAUUGAUGCUGCUUCUUCGACCAACCAUGAGAUGCAAAUAAAGCAAAUUUUAUAUCUUCGAUGAGAUAAAAUUUUACUAUAGUUCUGUUAAACGCAGAAGAGAUAAUCCUUAUAGAGUUUUCACAUGUAUGAGAUGCAAACAUCAAUCUUUUUUGUCAUGGCUUUUGUACUCCAAGGUUUUUGCUUCUCCAUUUUUAUUCUAAGGAUUUGAGUAUUGUAUUCUUUGUUUUCCUAUUCUUUUUGUUUGUAACACUUGAUUAUGGGGAACAAAGACUGAUCCAAUGAACUGUCUGUCUCAAAUUCUGAAAGAAUUGUACACAAUGAAAAGGGAGAUCUAUCAGGCUGUGAGUCAGAUUAUGUUUUCUUUUUA